AUGGGAAGUUUAAUGUCUGGGUUGACAGUAGGGGUGAGUUUUGUGCAACGGGAUUAUUGGGCACAAGUUGCUGGUACUGUGGGAUUGUGUGGUGGUGUCUGGAAAACCACCAGUUGUUCGCCUGCCAUCUGGUUAAGCGUUGGUGUCUGGAAAACCACCGGUUGUCCGCCUGCUAUCUGGUUUAGCGGUGGUGGUUGUGAGAAAGUCGAUGUGGCGCUGACGUCUUCCACCAUUGGCGGUGUGGUGCUACUUGAUAUCACUGUUAAUUGGGGCAUCUGCAUCGGAGUUCUUUGUGCUGAUACGGCGGCGGAGGAAGUUUUCCCUCCGAUGGCCGGUUGUUGUGGUUCACUUGUUGGAGCGAAAACCACUGGUUGUUCGCAUGCCAUUUGGUUAAGCGAUGGUGUCUGGAAUACCACUGGUUAUCUGCAUGCUAUCUGGUUUAGCGUUGGUGGUUGUGAGAAAGUCGGUGUGGUUCUGACGUUUUCCACCGUUGGCAAUGUGGUACUACUUGAUAUCACCGUUAAUUUGGGUGUAUGCAUCGGAGUGCUUUGUGUUCAUACGGCGGCGGAGGAAGUUUGCCCUCGGACGUCCAGUAGUUGUGGUGAAGUUGUUGGAGCGGUGAUCUCCGCCGCAGCAGAAGACCAGAAGAUCCGCCGGAGGUCGAUGUCGCAUCAUUUGGCGCCAUCCCGGAUUCGAGCAAGUAGCAAAAGCCUGAGUUGGUUUCAAGCUCGUUCUUGCCUAGAUCUGUUCAGAUUUGUUGUGCUUCAGCUCAGGUUCUUCUCAGAUCUCUUCAUUUCUAGCACCACUUGGUUCAGAUCCGUUUGGCUUUGGCCAAGAUCUGUUCAGAUCCGUUUGGAUCUUGCCAAGAUCUUUUCAGAUCUGCUUAACCAUCGUUUAGAUCUCAAGAUCUACUCCAUUUUCAGUUCAGAUCUGUAG